AAACUAGAAUAUUCCCAGUUCCCUUUGUCAAGUAUGGCUCUUAAUCUUCUAAAUCUUUCAAUCUUGUUCUUUUUACUCUUUAUUGUGAAUCCAUUUCCCUUUGUUGAGCCAAGAGCCUUACAAUUACCUGUGUUCACCAAAACUCUCCAAAACCUCAGGGGCGUUCACAAGGGACAAAAGGCGAACGGUGUGGGAGAACUCAGAAGCUACCUCCAACAUUUUGGCUACCUAACAAACGGUGAUUCUUCGAACGACAACUUCGACAAUAAUGUCGAGUCUGCUCUCAAACACUACCAAGAGUUCAAUCACUUACGUUCCACUGGUGUGGUAGAUGACGAAACUAUCAAAAGAAUGAGCCUCCCACGUUGUGGAAUGCCUGAUAUUGUCACCCAACCUAACGCUAACCAGUUGUUGGUGGCUCCUAACAACUACAGCUUCUUCCCGGGGCAACCUAAAUGGAGAAAAUUUGCACUAACCUAUGGACACAUGUCAAGUGUUGUCUUGUCCAAUAACUUCUUCAGCUCUGUGAGGGCAGCAAAAUUGAGAGCCUUGCAAACAUGGGCUAGAGUCACCAACUUCACGUUUACAGAAAGGGCCCCACCAGCUGACAUAGUCUAUGGGUUCCAUCGUGGGGACCACGGUGAUGGCUACCCAUUUGACGGGCCGUAUGGGGUGCUAGCCCAUGCUUUUGCGCCACAAAAUGGGAGGUGCCACUAUGAUGCAGAUGAACCAUGGAAUUUUAAUGGGCAAAACAUUGAUUUUGAAACAGUAGCUUUGCAUGAAUGUGGUCACCUUUUAGGGCUUGGACAUAGUAAUACUCGGGGUUCGGUUAUGGAAGCCACUUAUGCAGGGCAAAGGAGGAGUUUAACGCAGGAUGAUAUUGAUGGCAUACGAGCUCUAUAUCAGUUCUAGCUAGAGCUAGAACUCGAUGUUAUGCCAAAUAAUUUUCAGGUGUAGCACGUGUGAUGGCUAGUGUUGUUAACUUGGCUGCAUGAACAUGGCGGCGAGUUGAAUGUAUUAAUUAAUCAUUAACUAAAUAAGCCACCACGUACACUUGUAAUAAUUAAGUUGGUUAUAUCACAACCAUUACUUUUUCUUAUGAUGCAA